AGAAAACUACACCAUGAGCGACGAAGCAGCGGGCGAGGCCGCAAGUCGAUACUGCAGCGAGAUGGCUGCGUUUCUACCGACGAUUCCCGAGGAGAUGGGGCUGUUCCGUCAAGAGGUCGAGAAGAUGUUGAAUGCGUUGGUCAAGUCGCAGGAGAGCGAGCAGCGGCUGCUGCGUCGAACGCGGGAGAUCGUGGGGGAGAUUGGGACCAAUCAAGACAAGUACGCGCGGGAAAAGGAGGAAGAGCUCGAGGCGUACAACUACAAGAAGAAGGUGCAAGUGGACAUUGAAGUUAUGUGGGGGCAAGUGGCCAACUCGCACAAGUUGGAGACGGAAAAGCAAGCCAAAUUGAACGAGUUGCGCACCAACAUUGCCAUGUUGGAGGAGCAACUCAAGAACGGGUCUGGGUGGAGCGAAGCCCAGGAGGAAAUGAUGGCCAAGCUGAAGCGGCAACGGUCCGACAGCGCGCGGGAGGUCGAGACCAAAGCGAACGAGUUGGCGCAAAUUCGAAUGGAGGUCGCGUCGUUGCAAGCAUUGGUCAACGAGGCCGAAGAAGAGCAAUUCAGACUCGAAGAAGAGUUGGCGAACGUGUCCAACGAAGUCCAGGAAAAACGCUCCAAGGCGGACAAAGAAAGUCGUCGCAAAGUGAUGCUGGAGAAAUCGCUCAAAACGCUCAAACACGAGGCGGAGACGUUCAAUGCCGAGUGGAAACGCAAGGCCGACGCAGUGAAAGUCGGCGAAGCGUUGCUGAAACAGAAAGAAGUGACGUUGCGUGAAUCCAAGACUCGCAUGGAAAAGUACCUCAAGCAAUACGAUGUCCUUUUUCGAACGACCCACCAGUUUACCGAAGCAAUGGAAAACCAAUGGCAAAAGAACGUCGAAUUGCAAAAAGAAAACACCCAAACCGAAGGGACGAUUCGAACCAAGGAGGAAAUCGUGGCGAAAAUCGAAAAGGAUUGCGUGAAGAUCGAGCAACUCGUGGCGCUCACCAAAGAAAAGAUCGCCGAGGUGGAUCUCGUCAAAGAGAAAAUCGACGAAAAGAAGGAUGCGUGCAAACACUCGUUGAACGAAUUGGUCAACGUAACGAUCGAAGUGGAGCGAAAGCAAAGCGAGUCAAUCAAAAAGACCCUGGACGAUCUGUUGCGACAGCGCGAACUGGUGAACAAAAUGCUGGUGCGGGCGGCUGACACGGCCCAGGGAACGCACGAUUUGACGAAAAUCAAGGAAAACACGAUGAAAAAUCUCGAAAAUGAAAUCAAUGGGUACCGUCAAAGUGUAAAACAGCAGCGGGACAUGGUCCAACAAUUGGUGUCGGAGCGCGAUCGGUACGAUAAAGAAGCAGAAGUGGCGAAUCGAAAGUACCGCGCCGCGGUGGAGGAAGCCAAGCUGCAGGACCUCCAGGUGACAUCGUUACAGGACAAGAUCACCGAAGGGGAAACGCGGCUCAAGCAACAGCAAAACUUGUACGAAGCGGUGCGCAGCGACCGCAAUCUGUACAGUAAAAGCUUGAUUGAGUCGCAAGAAGAGAUCGCCGACAUGAAGCGCAAGUUCAAAAUCAUGAACCAUCAAAUCGAACAGCUCAAGGAGGAAAUCACGACCAAGGACCAUUGUUUGGUGAAGGAGCAUUUCGACCACCACAAAGUCGACAAGGACAAAGAAACCCUCAAAGCAGAGCUCACGCGCAUCAAGAAACAAAUUCAAAGCUCCGAGCAAAUCAUUGCCAACCAAGAGCAAGAGAUUUCGAAAUUGGCGUCGAUUAUCCAAGAAGCGGACGAUGAAAAGCAGCGGCAAAUGAAGGAGUACAAUGCCGUGAUCAACGACCGCGACAACCUUCGUGCACAGUUAAUUUUGAGAAACGAGGAAUUGAAGGCCCUGUACGAAAAGAUCAAGAUUCAGAAGUCGACAUUGAGUAUCGGUCAAGUGCAGUACUUGGAACGUGUGAAGGACGUGCAACACCUUCAAAAGCGGGUCCAGGAUCUUAUGGACGAGCACAAGAAGACCCAGAAUCAAAUCGCAUGCACUGGGGACCUCAAAGCGGAAUUGCUGCGGCUGGAGGGAGAUUUGCUACAAGAACGUACAAAGAUUAAAGCGUUGUCCGAGGAAUUGGACCACCCCCUCAACGUUCAUCGAUGGCGUAAACUGGAAGGCAGUGAUCCAAAGCGACUCGACAUGAUUCGAAAAAUACAUUCGCUGCAGAAGAAAUUGAUCAAAAAGUGCGAGGAAACGUGCAUGAAAGAUUUGUUGAUUGUCGAGAAAGAAAAGCUGUACGUGGAACUCAAGAACGUUUUGGCGCGCCAGCCGGGGCCAGAAGUAGCCGAACAGUUGCUCGUGUAUCAAGAUAACUUGAAGAAAAAACAAUCCCAAAUGAAAGGGAUGGAAAACGAGCUCGAAAUGUACAAGGCUCAAGUUCGCGAAUACAAACACGACCUUCAACACAUUGAUCGAGACAUGCAAGCACUUCGUGACAAAUGGUUCAACAGCCUCCAGGUUGACCAUUUUCCCGAGCAGCCUCAAGACGACACACAAUUCCCACCCACCCAAGCUAUUGAAAAACCAAAGCCUCAACUCCCUGCAGUGCCAGCCCCAAUUGACGAUUCCAUGUUUGCCUUGAUGUAAGAAAGUGAAUCUUUUAUUUCAUCCAAUGAUAUCAAUUCUUGAAU